UCACACUGCUCAAGCCUGGUUGAUGCCUGAGAGGAGACGGAGCCAAAGCGGCACCAGCAGCUUAAAUACACAUUUCAUAUUUCAUCCACGUGCGCUCUGAGCAAUCUGACUUCAGAGGAGGUGAUCCAGGAGCAAAGUGUCCUGUGAGGGUGCCAGUUUGACCUCAGGGAUGUGAGCAGACAGUAAAGAUGACCCUGCUGGCGGGCGAUGGCUCCGACUACGACUACAGUGCCCUGAGCCUUGCCUCCGACACCUCCCUCAACGUACCGCCCCUGCAGGAGGAGGAGGCCCAGAAAGGAGCCUUCUACAAAAGAGCACAGCUUAUCCCUGAGUUCAACACCACCCAUGAUGACACUCACCUGUCCAGCGCCCGUAAACUCCACGCCAUCAUCAACGUGGGUGGCAUGCGGUACCAGCUACCGUGGACCACCCUGGAGGACUUCCCACUGUCCCGCCUGGGUCAGCUGCACCUCUGCAGCAGCUUUGAUGAGAUCAUGCGUGUCUGUGACGACUACGACGUCGCACACAACGAGUUCUUCUUCGACCGCAGCCCCUGCGCCUUCAGGACCAUCCUGACCUUCUUGCGUGCGGGGAAGCUGCGCUCCCUCAGGGAGAUGUGCGCCCUCUCCUUUAGGGAGGAGCUGAUGUACUGGGGCAUCCCCGAGGAGAACUUGGAGUGGUGCUGCCGUCGGCGUCUGCUGCAGCGUGUGGAGGAGUUCGAGGCGAUGGAGAGGGCGGAGGAGGAGGAGGACCUCCUGGAGGACUCGGACAGUGCUCACACAGAGCAAGAGUCCAGGCUGAGUCACUGCAUGAACAAACUGAGAGACAUGGUGGAGAGGCCACACUCGGGCCUGCCAGGGAAGAUCUUUGCCUGUUUGUCUGUGCUGUUUGUCACCGUCACUGCCGUCAACCUCUCCAUCAGCACCAUGCCUGCCAUGAGGGAGGAGGAGGAGGCGGGCACGUGCUCCCAGAUGUGCUACAACAUCUUCAUCGUAGAGACGGUGUGCGUGGCCUGGUUCUCCCUGGAGUUCACCCUGCGCUUCAUUCAGGACCGCAGCAAGCUGACCUUCCUCAGGCAGCCUCUCAACAUGAUCGACGUGGUGGCCAUCCUGCCGUACUACAUCACCCUGAUGGUGGACAGCACCUCCAAAGGGGAGAAGCGGGCCGGCUCGGGCAGCAGCUACCUGGACAAAGUGGGCUUGGUGCUGCGCGUGCUCAGAGCUCUGCGGAUCCUCUACGUGAUGCGUCUGGCCCGUCACUCUCUGGGCCUGCAGACUCUGGGUCUGACCGCACGCCGCUGCACACGAGAGUUCGGACUGCUCCUCCUCUUCCUCUGCGUGGCCAUCGCUCUGUACUCCCCUCUGCUGUACCUUAUAGAGAAUGAAGUAGCCUCCACGCAGGAGUUCACCAGCAUCCCAGCCACAUACUGGUGGGCUGUCAUCACUAUGACCACAGUGGGUUAUGGAGACAUGGUGCCCAGGAGCAUCCCAGGACAGGUGGUGGCUCUGAGCAGCAUCCUGAGCGGGAUCCUCCUCAUGGCCUUCCCCGUCACCUCCAUCUUCCACACCUUCUCGCGCUCCUACAUGGAGCUGAAGCAGGAGCAGCAGCGGCUGCUGCAGAGGAGGACUCACUUCCUGCUGCGUAGCCGCAUGGCCGGCCUGGGCAGCAACCUCUCCUUAGAGAGUGACAUGCUCUUCCCUAUGCCUGACCACAGAGACAACUGAGACUGAAGGACAUAAGAGGACAUGAGAGGACAUUAAAGAGAGUGUGGGGUGGAAAAGGAGAAGAGGGAGGCUUUAGGAGAGUUAAAUGAGAGAAAUCUGAGACAAAGAAAGCUAUCAGAGAGAAAUCAGAGGUUAGGAAUGCAGAUAAACAAGUGGAGAGACAGAUCUCUUUAAACAAGAUACAGACAAUAAAAUAGACUUUUUUUCUCCCCAGAAUGCAGCCUCACUGUGUAGCAUUGAACCUUCAGAUAAAAACAAAGAACACACAGAGAGGAACGAGGGAUUAGAGCAUCAGAUUACAACAAAAUACCAUCAACAGGUUAUUAUUUUCUCUGGAUAAAGUAAAAGAUUACAGAUGUAAGCCCAGAAAAAGAAGCCCAUGAAGUAUCAUGUCUAGUAUUAUUACAGUCAUGUAUUAAAUGAUGAAUUAAAACUUUGUUAUGAAGACAUGUGAAAUGUGUUAUUUUACUAAAGAAGGAUCACAAACUCUGCUGUGUGUCCCAUAUCCAGAUGUUUUAUUGAGUUUGUUAAAGUCAUGUGCUCCUGACGAGAGUGGAUCAAUGUCUCAAACAUUAAACAUGAAUCAGCUGAUUAUUCCCACACAUAAGUCCCACACAUUAACACUGAUAAAAGUCAUCCUUCCUCUACUCCUCGAGGUUCCAUAUGCAAUUAUACGACUCGGUUUGGACAUGAAGAUAGCAUUAUUGUGCCUGUAAUUACUGCAGUUGCUGUUCAUAGCUGUUUUUAAUUAUGAUUUCUCUCCUUAAAGUGGAUUUAAACUGAAA